AUGAGCAAGGAGGACGUCAAGCGUCUCAAGGACGAGGUGUUCGGAUACAACACGUUCUACGUCACCGGCACGUCCGAGCUCGGGGAGGAGCUCGGGGUCUCGGAGGGCGUCCUCGUGAAGGGGAACUUGCGCGCGGACCGCGCGGAGGUGUGGAAGACGGUGCAGGAGAACGUGGAGCGGGUGUACGAGGGUAAGUACACGGUGUUCAUGCUGGAGGAGCCGCCGGCGGACUUUUUCGGCGACGACGACGACGGCGGGUCCGGCGCCGGCGCGUCCAUGAGCGGGUCGUACGACGCGUCCGACCCGACGAACACGCGCGGACCGAGGAUAUCGUUCCUCAUCGUCCCGGCAUCCAAGGCGGGGCCGAACCCGAGGACGAGCGCGUUUCAGUACGUCGUCGCGAUCGCGUUGUUCGGGUUGACCGCGGGAAGCGCGUUGCAGCUCGGACUCGUCGCGGAGGUGUCGCGGCUCCCACAGGCGACGAUGGACUGGCUCGCGGCCGGGUCGCAAGGGAUCGACACGAGCCUCGCACCCGGGGAGUUGCCCCCCGGUCUGGACGGGUUCGACAGCGCGGCGUACAUCGCGGGGGCGGUGCCGAUCGCGGGCGGGAUUUACGCGUCGGCGGCGGCGCACGAGAUCGGCCACUGGAUCGCCGCCGCGACCAAGAAGAUCAAGCUGUCGAUUCCGUACCCGAUCCCGAACGGCCAGCUCGGGACGUUCGGGAGCAUCACGCAGAUCAAGAGUUUGCCGGAGAACAGGACGGAUCUGUACGACGUCAGCGUCGCCGGGCCGAUCGGAGGGUUCACGGUGGCGAGCGCGUUGUUUUUUUACGGGCUCGCUCUGAGCGCCGGCGGCGGGGAUCCGAACGAGCUUCUGCCGAUACCGAACGAGCUGUUUCAAGGGUCGCUGAUGCUCGGCGCGAUCUCGGAGGCGAUCUUAGGUGGGACCGCGGAUCAGGUCAAGGGGGUGGCGGUGCAUCCGCUGUUCAUCGCGGGAUGGUGCGGCCUCGUGACGCAAGCGCUGAACUGCCUCCCCGUCGGCCAGAUCGACGGCGGCCGCAUCACGCAGACCGCGUUCGGGCGCAGGGCGCUCGGCGCGACCUCCCUCGGCGUCUACCUCGGGCUCUCGCUCGGCGUCAUCGGGUCUUCGAUAUCGCUCCCGUGGGCGUUGUUCAUCCUCAUCUGUCAGCGGACCCCCGAGUUCGCGCCGAAGGACGACGUCACGGAGGUAUCGCCGGAGCGACAGAACUUCGCGCUGCUGCUGAUAUUCGUCUCGCUCAUGAUCUUGCUCCCGGGCGCGGACUUCUCCGGGUUGGCGAGCGACCCUCUGUUGCCGUGA